CAAACGACAGUCCGGGACCGUACACGCUCCGGGCCGGCCGACCGACCGACCGUCCUGCCGUCCCUCGUCGUCUUGUCAGCAGUCAGCAGACUAACCGGAAUCCGAGCCGGUGUGUGUACUUAAGUAAAAAAAAAAAACCCGUAAAAAACCGCGGUCACCCCCCGGAGAGACGAGUCUUUCGAAUUUGGACAGCACGUGUGUCGGCGACUUGAACGCGAGCCCAACUGGUCCACUGGUUCGGUGGUCAUGUAUUGCCGGCCGCUCGCCGAAAACCCACUCGGAUAGGUGGAACGUUUAAAUUAAAAAAUUAAAUUCUCAACCAUGUCUGUGUGUGUUUUAACGGUCACCUAAUCAGCUAAGACAGGCGUCUUUUUCGGUGUUUGAUCGUUUAUUAAUGGAAUCAAACGACUAAAUUUAUCAAGAGCAGCCGGGCAAAAUGGUGAAUGAUACAAGCUGCGUGACGGACCCCACGUCUCUGUCCAGCCCCGUGAUGGUGUCCAUAAUAAUAGCCGCCGGCGCCGCGAUCAUAGUGACGCUGUUCGGCAACAUUAUGGUGAUAAUGAGCGUUGUUCAGUACCCGCCGUUGCGGUCCGUGCCGAACAUAUUCAUAGUGUCGUUGGCCGUGGCCGACCUGAUGGUGGCCAUCGGAGUGCUGCCGCUGAACGUGGUGUAUAACGUGACGGGCCAGUGGCUGUUCGGCGGCGUCGUCUGCAAGCUGUGGCUGACGUGCGACGUUCUGUGCUGCACCGCAUCUAUACUGAACCUGUGCGCGAUCGCACUGGACAGGUACCGUGCUAUCACGCAGCCGAUAGCAUACGCUCAGAAGCGCACCGUGUCCCGCGUGCUCUGGACAGUGGCGCUGGUGUGGUUGGUCAGCGCCAUCAUCAGCUCGCCGCCGCUGAUCGGCUGGAACGACUGGCCGGAAGCGUUCGACGAACGCACUCCGUGCACGCUGACCACUCACCCGGGUUACGUUGUGUACUCGUCAAUGGGCUCAUUUUUCAUACCGCUGGUGGUCAUGAGCAUCACCUAUUUGCGGAUCUACGUGGCCACCAGGCGCCGGCUGAGACGUCGGGCCCGCGUGGCGCUGCCUCAGGACAGUCGACACCAGGUCCAAGUGGGCACCGGGUCGUCUAAGCAACACAAGAGCGCGUCGUCCAAGCGCACGGAAACGACCACAAUGACAGGCGAUUCGGCCAGCAGUAGCGACGAGGUGGACGGCCCCACUGGCGGCUCUGGCAAGACCAACCAGCAAGUGUCGUCGGGCGGCUGCAAGCAAGUCAAACAACUGCUCGAGCACAAACAGCGCAUAUCGCUGUCCAAGGAACGGAAGGCGGCCAAGACGUUGGGCGUCAUCAUGGGCGUGUUCGUCGUCAGUUGGCUGCCGUUCUUUUUGAUCUAUCUGUACUUUCCGUUCUGCAAGUCUUGCUGCCCCCCGUCCAAGGUGCUCAUCAACGUGGUCACCUGGUUGGGAUAUCUGAACUCCACUAUCAACCCGAUCAUUUACACCAGGUGCAACAUGGACUUCCGGAGGUCGUUCAAGAAAAUCCUGCACAUGGACUACAGAUGAACCAGCGUUCAAACUUAACUCAAACACUCAACACAUACAUUUAAAUAAAACCAUUAAAAAAAAAAAAUCCUUAUACCUUAACAGCACAAAAACAUUGGAAGCUCCUACUUAGACCGGUGUCAAUUUAUAGGUAACUUUAAGUACAAGCUCGGAUCCAUCCAUUCAGUCGAAAUCGGAUAUUAAGAAAACCCUUUUAGAGCGUCCCAGGCCGUCACCCGGAAUUCCUAUUAUGUAUUUGUGCUGUUAGGGUAAUAACAAUAAUAUUACUAUUACUGUUGUGUACGGGUAAUCGGUAAAAAUAUCCGAGGUAAUAAUGAUAUCCUGUGGUGAAAAUAGCCACAGACAGUGUAAAAAUUCAAAACGCUAAUAGCUAAACACAAAAAAAUGGCCUAUUCUAUAAUAUGGACACACUUAAGGAAAAUGAAACUGAAAGUUGGCCAAUGAAAAGUUUGCCGGCGUAAAGUGAGACACCCGUGAAACGACCUACCAACACUAUCUAAAAUGUACAUACUAUAUGAAGUGGUGGGAAUCAAAAGGGUAUAAGACGUGAUUUUGAUAAAAAUUGUACACAUGAAAAUUAUACUUUACAUGUAUUCUUGUAUACACGGUGUUUGUUACUUUUCUCCGCUGAUAUCUUUUCAAACGAUUUGUGAUAUUUUUUUAUAGUCGUAACAUUUUUGAAAAACUUUUUUUUUGGGGGAUUUUAAUAAAUAUGCUUAGUCAGUUUAAACCACGGAAAAGUAAUUUUAUAAAAUUAAUUUAAUUAAAAAAGAUAUGGGCGUAUUAUAGUUGCGGGGAUUUGUGUGAUGGAGAUUUAUGUUUAUUUUCGACAAUGGAUAUUAUUUCCUCGGAUAUUUUAUUUCAUUGCCGUUUUUAGUAACUAGACAUUAUGUAAGUGGAAAAAUUUAUAUUAAUGCUGUUUAAUUUGUUUUCGCUAAUCAGUUUGUCAUUGGGCUUAGAGGACGCAAAACGUGAAGUACAAGUAAAUUUAAUGAUAAAACUAGUUGUGGAGCGAACAUUUGGCUACACAUAUUGUUGCUACGCCACUUACAAUUAAACGUUUUAUACGAGGAACGAAAACCGACAUUACAGCGUUAUGUUAAGUCAAGCUCGUGUGUUGUUCUUAAGUUAGGACCGUCCAAACAUAAAAUCAACCCUUACCGACAUCGGUUUUUAUAAAAAUUAUAAGAAUCUCAAUAGUUAUAAAGAUAUUGUGUUUUACAAAAUUUGAUAGGUUUAUUACUUGGCUCUAAAUUGUUGUUGUUUUUUUUAAAUCACCCGUAUUGAAGUUUUACUCUUAACCUUGGUAUUUAAUUGUGUUUAAGUGUACUCAGUUUCUCGGGAAAUUGCAUCUCUCUAGACAUAUUUUCCACGCGAAAAAUGUUACUGUGGCGCACUCUAACGUAUUCCGAUGUUUCAUUACAAAAACCCAAAUAGUAGUAUCGAUGGAUAAAAUAAACUAAAAUAUAUUUUAAAAGGUGCUCGCAAUGUUGUGCAAAAUAUCAACAUAAUUAUUAUUAAAAAAUAAUCGACAUUUUAAUUUUGAUGAUAUAAUGGCCGUACGAAUAGCGUGGAAAAGUUGGCGGUGUUUUUAAGUGUCUUAUCUCAGAAUUAUUGUACUGCUUCAAAGAUCAUCCUUACAUACAAAUGGAUACUUAAUUGCGCCAAACAAACUUUUUAAACUUGAAGACAAAUUCUAGAUUUAAAAAAACAUUAUUGCCCAUUGCUGUGACACCAACGUGUGAAAAAAUUAAAUUCCAAUAUUAUAAUUUACUUUUCAUGAACGAUGCACAUCGUAUAUUACUCAACUUUUCAUUAGCCAAGUAGUUUACUACAAUAAUAUUUUUUACAUUGUUUAUUGUUCGAGUCAAAUCGGUUAUUGAAUAAAUAAAUUCUGAGGCAUUCGUGUCAGAUUGAAAAUGUUUUCUACGUCAACUAAAAACCGCGUUACUCGCUUUAGAGAUAGUAGCCGGUGUCCUUAUUAAUGGACGAUUUCACGACGGUUUGUGGGUGAUGCGAUUAUCAUAGCUAGUUGCCUUUUGCACUAUGUAUCAUUAAUCGUGGUCAACACGUGUCCACGCACUUUUCAGUUUUGUCAGAUAAUUUUCCAAUUCAAGCACCCAAACACACUGGUGUUUCCAUUCCAAACGAACCGCGUUGAAGGAAAACAAAAACAACAGCUGUGGUUGUUCGCUUGUCCCAUAAAGAGUCAUACGAAUCUAAAGCAAGACUCGACUAACGGUCAAUAUUAAGAUUUCGAUUGCGCUUUGCUUUGGGUCGUCAGAUAUAAGACAUCUGUUGAGAGACAAAGGAGACACGCCGUUAACAGCUAUUUGUUUAUCGGUUUAACGACAGCUCUUAUGUAGCGCGGAGAAGUACUUGCUCUACUCUUUUCCUUCCAAGUGCACUUUAUUGCUUUUCUGACUUUAAAUUCUUCUAUUAAGCUUCUGCUCUCUGCUUUACGUAUUUGUUAAGGUAUUAAUGUUAACCGAAAACAUUGUCCUCUUGCCACCGACGACGACUCGGAUGGGAGACGGUAAAUAUCGGCACGUGACUGUUUGGCUGCUUCGCGUUUUCGCAGACUCGGCUUGGAAUAUAAUAAUGGAAUAAAAAAAAAAUCAAAAAUCAAAAUAAAACGCAAAAAGCAUAUUAUUGCUCGCUCCGGAGAAAAUUGAAUAUUUAUUCUUGCGUCCCGGCCGCUGUCAACAAACCGAUACGGGGACAUUUCUAUUGUGAUUCGCGUUUAUUAUUAAUAAUAUUAUUACUAUUAUUAUUAUCAUUGUCGGCGAGGCCACGACGUCGUUCGACAACGGUCCAGUCCGUUCUGACAAUACAUAAAAACCAAUAUAAAAAAAAUAUAUAUUAUACAACAACAAAAAAAAACCUUCCCAAUAUCCACAUGAAAUGUUCGCUAUAAUAUUGAAAACCGAGCCACACCGCCAACGGCCUCGCGGAAACCCUAUACGCGGUGUUGUUCCGUUCGGGAAGCACAACCAUAAUAGUAGUAGUUUUCGAUUAGACUUAUCUGGUUCGCACACUCUUAACGGACACUAAUGUUUAUCGACAUUGAUAUUGUUUUCUAACCGAAACACUAUUAUAGGUCACGGUUAGCCAGCCACCGCGUGUGUCGACCACCUCCAACGGCUUGUUGUAGCACAAGUAAGCUGCUCUCUAACUGUCGGUGAGACUUUUUCCAUAAUAUUAUGUUUACCGAAUCUUAUAUCGUUGCUUACAUUAUCGGUAACAACUUUGCUACGGGCGUUGCCGACUUUUGACAAUUUUUUUAGGUAAUUCGCAAUAAAUAGAUAGAAACGUUUUUUUCUGGAUGUGUUUUUUUUUCAGGCGAAACGUUAUUUUCAUUUGAUGUUUAUCCGGCAUGAUAGUAAGGUCCAAGAACGGUUCAUAUUUGUUUAUUUUGCCUAAAAUAUUAUAUUGAUUUUUCUGCUUUAACAAGAAUUGUAUUGUUGCCACGCUCAAAACAACUGUAACCGUCUUUAUGAUUUAAUAAUAUGCGGUUUAUUUAAAUGUACAUUUCACAACUUAAUAUUAUGUAAUUAAUAAUACGCAAUACCAAAAUUGUCGUAUUAUGUUUCUAAUUUUAUAAAUACACACACACAAUAUGACAGCCAUAACUACAUUAUGUAUUUGCUCGUUUUGGUCCGAUACAAGUCAUGAUGACAGAAUUAGUUUAAAAUCUUAGUAUUUAUUUAAUUUGUGUAUAUAAAUAUUAUAUAUAAUACGAUUGUUUUCGUUGCUGUA